CCGGGCGGAGCCUCGCGGUACCCGGGCCGGUGCGCAGAGCCGGGAGCACUGGGCCCGAACCCCCGCCCUCAGGCCCGGAGGUUCGGGCGAGCAAAGAUGGCCGCCCUGACGACCGUGGUGGUGGCGGCGGCGGCCACGGCGGUAGCCGGGGCUGUGGCGGGGGCGGGGGCGGGCGCCGGGAGCGGCGUGGGAGCAGCGCCGGGGCCGCAACAGAAUGAUGGCAGUUUUGGUACUGCAGGUGGAAUUCGUUCUUUUCAGCUGCAAAACCGGAAGCAGAGAGUUAAUCGGACUAAGAAAACAGAAUUCAUGCACACAGCAGAAAGAUUAAAAAAUCAAGUUAUUAACAUAGAAAAAGAUAAACACAGUCAUUUCUACAACCAAAAAAGUGACUUCCGAAUUGAGCAUAGUAUGCUGGAAGAAUUGGAAAAUAAAUUGAUUAACAACAGGAGAACAGAAAGAGCACGAAUUCAGCAACAACUGGCUAAAAUACAUAACAAUGUCAAGAAACUGCAGCACCAGUUAAGAGAUGUGAAACCUACUCCUGACUUUGUUGAAAAGCUCAGAGAGAUGAUGGAAGAAAUUGAAAAUGCAAUUAAUACCUUUAAGGAAGAGCAGAGAUUAAUGUAUGAAGAACUAAUAAAGGAAGAAAAAACAACUAACAAUGAGCUAAGUGCCCUCUCCAGAAAGCUUGAUGCCUGGGCUCUGGGUAACUCGGAAACGGAGAAGGCGUUGAGAGCCGCAUCAAGCCAGACCCCCCCAGACAGAUCCGCACCACGCGCUCUGCCAGAGGAAGUGGUGGAGUUUGAAAGAUUCCUCCAGCAGACGGGAGGGCGCCAGGGUGGCUGGGAGGAUUAUGAUCACCAGAGCUUUUUAAAAGUGAGAAGCAAGCAUAAAGGGAAGCCAGCUUUCAUCGAAGAAGUUCUAGAACAGCUUCCUGGAAGAACACGGGAUGAAGUCCAACACCAUGAGAAAUGGUAUCAGAAAUUUCUGGCCUUGGAAGAAAGAAAGAAAGAGUCUAUUCAGAAUUGGAAAGCUAAAAAGCAGCAAAAACGGGAGGAAAUCUUCAAGUUAAAGGAAAAGGCAGAAAACAUGCCUUUUGGUAAUAAACAAGAAGAGAAUCAGAAGCAAAAAGAAGAACAAAGAAAAAAGAAGAAACUGGCCGUUGAAGUUUGGAAAAACCAGAAAAGUAUAGAAAUAGCAACAAAAUCUGCUUCCCAGGUAAAAGAAGAGGAAGAGAAAGAGAAAAAGCAGCAAAAGGAGCGCCAGCGCCAACAUAAGCUAAAAUUACUACUGGAAAGCUAUGCCCAGCAGAAAAAAGAACAGGAAGAGUCUCUGAGACUCGAAAAGGAGCUGAGGGAAAAGAGAGAAAAGGCAGAAAGAAGAAAAACGGCUGCUGAUGAAAUUUCCAGGUUUCAGGAAAGAGAUUUACAUAAGCUUGAGUUGAAAAUUCAAGAGAAACAGUCCAAGGAAGAUGAAAAGGCAGAAAAACUCAGAAGACUGGCAAAAUUAAAAGAAAAGGUGGAAAACAGUGUUAGCAGAGACCCCUCUCGGCUUUACAAACCUACCAAAGGCUGGGAAGAACGCACCAAACACAUCGGACCGACGGGCUGCGGGCCGCUGCUCCUGAUGCCCCACAGGGCGAUUCCAGCAUGGAGACAAGGGCUGUAGGGAAGGUUCUGAGAG